AUGAUCGUGCAAAACAUCACCGUUCCCCGAGACCGUAACCUAGAGGCCGUACCCCUCACACGGUCUUCAUUCGCCCCCUUCGGCGACGUCCUCACAAAUCCCUCUCCAUCAGAUCUCCCGCACAACACAUCUCCCGCCUCGAUCGCUUCCGGAGCACUGCCAUGUGGCGCCAUCUCCGCCAACCAGGGAACUGCCAUUCAAUAUAAACAGUUCGGCACGCUCCGCAACCUGUACGACCAGGCGCCCAGCAAGAGCAAUGCCACGCCACGGGUCACCAUGUUCGUGUGUGGAGCACGGGAGCUGAGCGGGCCCAAGAAGGACCAGUUUGAGGUCAAAGUCCUGGAGAGGCACCCCUUCACGACGCAGACGUUCACGCCCCUAACGAAGGACGGGGGAAGGACUCGGUACCUGGUCGUCGUGGCGCCAACCUUGGAGGCGAGCACGGGAGACGAGGGCCUGCCCGUGCCUAGGAAAGAGCGCGACGGCAAGGGGGGACUGCCGGGGAGUGGACUCCCUGAUCUGGGCCAGCUGAGAGCGUUCGUAGCAACGGGUGAGCAGGCUGUGACAUAUGGUGCUGGCACGUGGCAUGCGCCGAUGGUUGCGCUGGGAGAUCAGGGCACGGCUGUGGAUUUCGUGGUGAUACAAUUCGCGAACGAUACUGCAGUGGAGGACUGCCAGGAGGUUAUGCUGGAGAGUUCAGGGAUCGAGAACAGGAAUAUUAUGGUGAAAGUCCCUACUCAGCUCAAGUUAGCCAGGUUAUGA